AUGCUGUUGUUAAUUAUUCACGCUCCAUUUCUCCCAGCCCGCGGCUGGCUAUAAAUAGAGGAAUGCGUCGGCCACUGAGCCGCAAACCAAGACUGCUACGACCUCUCAUAUAUAUUAUCAGAGCUUAGCCAUGUCUAGAGCGUUGGAACCUCUGGUCGUCGGCAAGGUGAUCGGGGAGGUCAUCGACAACUUCAACCCCACGGUGAAGAUGACGGUUACCUACGGAUCCAACAAGCAGGUGUUCAACGGCCAUGAGUUCUUUCCGUCUGCGGUUCUGUCCAAGCCGCGCGUGGAGGUUCAGGGCGACGACAUGAGGUCCUUCUUCACGCUGGUCAUGACUGACCCAGAUGUGCCAGGGCCUAGUGAUCCAUACCUGAGAGAGCACAUCCAUUGGAUCGUCACCGACAUUCCUGGAACAACUGAUGCUUCUUUCGGAAGGGAGUUGGUGAUGUACGAGAGCCCGAAGCCGUACAUCGGCAUCCACAGGUUCGUCUUCGUGCUGUUCAAGCAGAGCAGCCGGCAGUCGGCGCGCCCGCCCUCGUCCGGCGGCGGCAGGGACUACUUCAACACCCGCCGCUUUGCCGCCGACAACAAUCUUGGCCUCCCAGUUGCCGCGGUCUACUUCAACGCGCAGCGGGAGACUGCCGCGCGCCGCCGCUGAUCGAUCAUCACCGCUACCUCUUCCCAUGCAUCUCCUUUCUCAUCGCGUGCAUGGCGCAUGCAAAAUUUAUCGAUCUAUAGCUACUAUAUAUGUGGCCUUUAUUACUAUUUCCUACAGUAUGUGGCUAUCGUCGUCAAAUAAGAGCUUAUGACACCUUUCAGCGAGAGCUAGCUAGCUGACCUGUCUCGAUCGAUCUGCUAGCAGUCUCUCUGUUCUUCGUUUUUUCGGUCAAUAAUCAAUUAGAAGCUA